CAAAAACGUGUCUUCACGUCCACUUGCAACAUUCUCGCCUCGGGUGCAUGAUGUUGUGCUAAAUGUUGUUAGUUAGGUACGCCGCGUGCUCAUAAGAAACAAAAGCGCAUUUCGUAGUGUUAAGUGAGUGAGCAGCGUUACUCGGGCUGUCAUAAGGAGACAUGCCCGAUUCCGGAUCGAGUGAGCCUGGUUCCAAGGUCUCUGACCCACAACAUUCACAGAAACUACUCAGGGUCCUUCGCACCUUCUGGCAGGAGCAAAGUUUCCACGAUGCGCUGCUGGUGGUCGAUGGAGAGGAGCUGCCGGUCCAGAAAAACAUCCUUGCUGCUGCCAGCCCAUAUAUCAGGACCAAGCUGAACUACAAUCCUCCAAAGGAAGAUGGGUCCACAUACAGAAUCGAGCUGCAGGGGGUUACCAUGGCCGUCAUGAAACAGAUCCUGGACUACAUCUUCAGCGGUGAAAUCACUUUGAGUGAAGAGACCAUCCAGGACACGGUGCAGGCGUCUGACCUGCUCCUCAUGACCGACCUCAAAUCCCUGUGCUGUCAGUUCUUAGAGAGCUGCAUCACUGCAGAGAACUGCAUCGGCAUCCGGCUCUUCUCUCUGCUCUACCGCCUGUACCAUGUGCAUUAUGUCGCCACCGAGUUCCUGCAGACGCAUUUCUGUGAUGUGGCGCUCACUGAGGAAUUCAGGGAGCUGCCCCCGGACCGGCUCUGUGAGGUGCUCGCCAUGGAAAAGCUGAAUAUUGGCAAUGAAAAGCACGUGCUGGAGGCUGUGGUGCGAUGGUUCGGGCAUGACCCAGAGGAUCGCAGGGUGCACAUGAAAGAAGUGAUGUCUGCUGUGUGGCUGCAGGGCCUGGACGUGAACUACCUGAGAGAGCAGGCCAUGGGGGAGCCACUGAUGAGGGAGGUGAUCAGAGAGUACUGUCAGCCGGUGCUGGGGGAUGGUCAGCUGCAGGGUGAGGCUUUGCUCGCCGCCUUCAAACCCAGAGGUUACUCUGAGUGUGUUGUCAUUGCUGGAGGAGAGGACCGCAAAACCAGGAAGCCGACCGCUGCGACGCGCUGCAUGUGUCCACUGUACGACACCAACAGACAGGCCUGGAUCGAGCUGCAGCCAAUGAGCGUCGCCCGCCUCGGCCACGGGGUGGUUGCUGCCGAGGGUUUUCUGUUUGUGAUGGGCGGGACAGACGAACGCAACGUUGUCCUGGACAGUGGAGAGAAAUAUGACCCCGACUCCAACACCUGGAGUCCCAUACCUCCGAUGCUUCAGGCUCGUCAGAACUUUGGUGUGGUGGAGCUGGACGGUCUGAUCUACGUUCUCGGAGGAGAGAACGACGAAACGGAGCUGAUCACUGUUGAAGUGUUUGACCCUCACUUCAACACCUGGAAGAUGCAGACCAGUAUGACCAUGAUCCGCAAGGUCGGCUGCUAUGCCUCCAUGAAUAAGAAAAUCUAUGCAAUAGGUGGGGGCUCCUACGGUAAACUGUUUGACUCUGUUGAAUGCUUUGACCCAAAAACCCAGCAGUGGACUGGCCUCUGCCCUCUGAAGGAGAGAAGGUUUGGAUCUGUGGCGUGUGGCGUUGGCCAGGAGCUCUACGUGUUUGGUGGAGUUAGAAGCCAAGAGCCCGACAACCCGGAGCAAAGGCAAAUGACGACCUGCAAAUCUGAGUUCUACCACGAUGAGAUGAGGAGGUGGAUGUUCCUCGAUGACCAGAGCUUGUGUAUCCAGACCAGCUCGUCCUUCGUCUACGGUGCUGUGCCCAUUGGAGCCAACAUCUACGUAGUGGGAGACCUUGACACAGGUACAAACUUUGACUACAUCCGGGAGUUUCGCCGCAGCACGGGGACGUGGCAUCGCACCAAGCCCAUGUUAUCCAGCGACCUCUCCAAAACAGCCUGUGCUGCCCUGCGCAUCGCCAACUGUCGGCUGUUCCGCCUGCAGCUGAGCCAGGGCAUGUUCAGAAUCAGAGUCUGACGUCCGGACGCCAGCUCGCGACCCCGCGUUCGCUCCAUACCGCUCCACUUUUGCACACUGGUACUUUCUAUUUGUCGUAGGUCUGGAUUUAGGAAAUUUAUGAACACUCAAGUAUUAUAAUCGCUAGAUGUCGCGGAUUGUGAAUUUCUGUUCAGGGGUUUAUACUCAAGGCCCUGCUGUAUGAGUUCACAGAACAAACGUUCAUCUAAACACAUUUUUAACACUGUGGGUUUUAUUAACCUAAGUUUUUUUUUUUUCUUUUAAUGUGGAUUUAGAGGGAUUUGAUAUAUUUUUUUGACUUUUAUUUUAUUGGACAUUCCUCAUUUGAAAUGUUUACUGGUUAUCUGCUGCUUGCUGAGGGAUUUCACUUUUUCUUAAUUCAUCAUGCUACAAACACACACUUGAUAAAUUAACUGCAGAAUUUUUACUUGAGGAAUCAUGAUGCACAUUUUGGAGGACACUAAAAUGUAAAAAUGCAGAUCGCACCGUCUGCGUUUUCGGAUUAUUAUGUAAUUCGGUGGUGUAUUGUUCAUCUCUCCGGCCAAAUUUAAGCAACACAAACAUUUGCCCUGAUACCUGCAGCAGCUGUGGAG